GCCCCUCCCCCCUCUCCAACUCGCUACACGGCCGCUGUUGCUGGGCCGGACCCCCGACUCAGCCGGGCCCCUCGCGGAGCCGCCGCCGCCGCCCCGUUUGCUGAGGCGGAGGCCGGGAGCCCGGACGCAGGGCGCCAGCAUACAACGGGCCGGAGCCCGCGCCUGGGGUACUAGAGCAGCGUACCGCCCCGGGUCAGCGCCGGUCCGCCCCGCUCCUCCCGCCCCGCCGUGCUGGGCGCCGACUCUGACUGCAGGUCGAGCCCCUGGCCACUGGCCCCGGCCCCCUGCCGCCGGCCCGCCCCCGGCCCGGCCCUUCUCCCCGUCCUGCGCCCUCCUCCCGCCCGCCUCCCCAGCUGUCCGGUUCGCGUCAUGCCGAGCCUCCCGGCCCCGCCGGCCCCUCGGCUGCUCCUCGGGCUGCUGCUGCUCGGCUCCCGGCCGGCUGGUACCGCCGGCCCUGAGCCUCCAGCUCUGCCCAUCCGUUCCGAGAAGGAGCCACUGCCGGUUCGAGGAGCGGCAGGCUGCUCCUUUGGCGGGAAGGUCUAUGCCUUGGACGAGACGUGGCACCCGGACCUGGGGGAGCCCUUUGGGGUGAUGCGCUGCGUGCUGUGCGCCUGUGAGGCGCCUCAGUGGGGUCGUCGUUGGAGGGGCCCUGGCAGGGUCAGCUGCAAGAACAUCAAACCUCAGUGCCCCACCCUAGCCUGUGGGCAACCACGCCAGCUGCCAGGACACUGCUGCCAGACCUGCCCGCAGGAGCACAGCAAUCCAGAGCAACAGCCGAUGGGCCUGUCCUUUGAGUAUCCGAGGGACCCAGAGCACCGCAGUUAUAGUGAUCAUGGGGAGCCGGGCGCUGGGGAACGGACACGUGCUGAUGGCCAUACAGACUUUGUGGCACUGCUGACAGGGCUGAGGUCGCAGGCCGUUGCUCGUGCCCGAGUCUCCCUGCUGCGCUCUAGUAUACGAUUCUCUAUCUCCUACCAGCGGCUGGACCGUCCCAGCAGGGUUCGGUUCUCAGACUCCACUGGCAACAUUCUGUUUGAACACCCUGCAGCCCCCACCCAGGAUGGCCUGGUCUGUGGGGUGUGGCGGGCAGUGCCUCGGUUGUCUUUGAGGCUCCUUAGGGCAGAACAGCUGCAUGUAGCCCUUGUAACAUCCACUUACCCUUCAGGAGAAGUCUGGGGGCCUCUCAUCCGGCACCGGGCCCUGGCUGCAGAGACUUUUAGUGCCAUCCUGACUCUGGAAGGCCCACAGCAGUGGGGUGUAGGAGGCAUCACCUUGCUCACUCUCAGUGACACAGAAGAUUCCUUACAUUUUUUGCUGCUUUUCCGGGGUCUACUGGAACUCAAGAAUGGAGCCAUUGCAGGACCAACUCAGGUUCCCCUGAGGCUCCAGAUUCUCCACCAGGGACAGCUACUUCGAGAGCUCCAGGCCAACACCUCGGCUCAGGAGCCAGGUUUCGCUGAGGUGCUGCCCAGCCUCACAGACCAAGAAAUGGACUGGUUGGUGCUGGGGGAGCUGCAAAUGGUCCUAGAGAGGACAAGUGGGCCAGAGCUACGCAUAAGUGGAUACAUUGCUGCCAGGCAGAGCUGUGAUGUCCUCCAAAGUGUCCUUUGUGGGGCUGAUGCCCUGAUCCCAGUCCAGACGGGUGCUGCUGGCUCAGCCAGCUUCGUACUGCUAAGAAACGGCUCCCUGAUCUACCAGGUGCAGGUAGUAGGUACAGGUAGCGAGGCAGUGGCUGUGACAUUGGAGACUAAGCCUCAGCGGAAGAACCAGCGCACUGUCCUGUGCCACAUGGCUGGGCUCCAGCCUGGAGGAUAUAUGGCUGUGGGUAUCUGCUCUGGGCUGGGUGCCCGAGGGGCUCAUAUGCUGCUACAGAACGAGCUGUUCCUGAAUGUUGGCACCAAGGACUUCCCAGAUGGAGAGCUUCGAGGGCACGUGGCUGCCCUAUCCUAUAGUGGGCACAGUGCCCGCCAUGACACAUUGCCUGUGCCUCUGGCAGGAGCCCUGGUGCUGCCCCCUGUGCGGAGCCAGGCAGCAGGGCAUGCCUGGCUCUCCCUGGAUACACACUGCCAUUUGCACUAUGAGGUGCUGUUGGCUGGACUUGGUGGUUCAGAACAAGGCACUGUCACUGCCCAUCUCCUUGGGCCUCCUGGGGUGCCAGGACCCUGGCGGCUGCUGAAAGGAUUCUAUGGCUCAGAGGCCCAGGGUGUGGUGAAGGACCUGGAGCCUGAGCUGCUGAGGCACCUGGCACAAGGCACUGCCUCCCUGUUGAUCACUACCAAGAGUAAUCCCAGAGGGGAACUAUGUGGGCAGGUGCAUAUUGCCAACCACUGCCAGGUAGGUGGCCUGCGCCUGGCAUCAGAAGGGAUGCGGGUGCCAGUGGUUGCAAGUGCAGUGGCAGCUGUGCUGCCUGUGAUGCCCACUGGCCCUGGCCCUGAAACAUCAGUACCAGCCAAACCUGGCAGCCCUGGGCGGCCUCGAGACCCUAACACAUGCUUCUUUGAGGGGCAGCAACGUCCCCAUGGGGCUCGCUGGGCACCCAACUAUGACCCAGUCUGCUCACUGUGCACCUGCCAGAGACGAACAGUGAUCUGUGAUCCUGUAGUGUGCCCACCACCAAGCUGCCCCCACCCGGUGCAGGCAGCAGGCCAGUGCUGUCCUGUGUGCCCAGAGAAACAAGGUAUCAGAGACUUGCCAGGGCUAGCAAGCCUGGAGCCAGGAGAGGGCUGCUAUUUUGAUGGUGACCGGAGCUGGCGGGCAGCGGGUACCCGGUGGCACCCCGUCGUGCCUCCCUUUGGCUUAAUUAAAUGUGCUGUCUGCACCUGCAAGGGGGGCACUGGAGAGGUGCACUGUGAGAAGGUGCAGUGUCCUCGGUUGGCCUGUGCCCAGCCUGUCCGCGCCAACCCCACUGACUGCUGCAAACAAUGUCCAGUAGGAUCAGGGGCUCAUGCCAAGCUGGGAGACCCCAUGCAGGCUGAUGGGCCUCGGGGGUGCCGCUUUGCUGGGCAGUGGUUCCAAGAAAGCCAGAGCUGGCACCCAUCAGUGCCCCCCUUUGGGGAGAUGAGCUGCAUUACCUGCAGAUGUGGGGCAGGAGUACCUCUCUGUGAGCGGGAUGAUUGUUCACGGCCUCUCUCCUGUGGACCGGGGAAGGAGAGUCGAUGUUGCUCCCACUGUACAGCACAAAGGUCAGCCUCUGAGACUAGAACCCUUCCAGAGCUGGAGAAAGAAGCUGACCGCUCUUAGGGAGCAGCCGGAAGGCCACAUGACCAAGAGGAUGGGCCUGAGCUGGGGGAAGGAGGAGCGGUGCUGAGGACCCUGACUCUCGUGUGGGAAACCCAGUGCCUUUAGCUUCUCUGUUCUGCUUCUUCUCUUCCCCCACUACCUCUGGGAACCACAACUCUACAAGGGGAAAGACUGCUGGGUCAGACCAAGGCCGUAUCCACUCUAACUCCUGCCCUGUAAUUCUUUUGGCCUCUGCCCCAGAAGCCCAACUCCUUUCCUUCUGUACAUAAUGUCACUGGCUUAUUGGGAUUUUUAAUUUAUCCUCACUCAGCACUAAGGGUCCACUCACACCACUCCUGCUGCCCGUGAGCUGAGCAGAGUCAUUAUUAGAGAUUUUUGUAUUUAUUAAAACAUUUUUUUCAGUC